GGGAGAGUGGCCAGGGAAUGGCCGGGCCGGGGGUGGGCGGGAGCCGCAGUGGCGGCGGCGGCUGGGGGCGGUGAGCGCGGCGUGGGGCUGCCCCUCCCCGGAGGUGGCGGGGGCGGCCGGGCCGCACCGCACCGCGCGGGAGGCCAUGGAGCGAGCCUAGGGCCCGGCAGGCCAUCAGAGCUUUGCUGAAACCAACAGUUACUUAAAGAAGAAGUUUGUAAAACGGUCCUUGUUAACUCCUACCGAAGAUCAAGGGCAAGGAGGUUAUGAAUUGUGGGAGGCGCUUCAGUGAAGAAAUGGACCAGUGUGCAUAAUCAUGGACUCUCCUUGCUGACCAUCACCACCUGCUCUCCUUGAUAAGUGAGAGAGAGUGGGUCAGGGGAGAAGGAAAAGAGGUCAACAUGAAGCUAAAGCAGCGAGUCGUGCUGUUAGCGAUUCUUCUUGUCAUCUUUAUCUUCACCAAAGUUUUCCUGAUUGACAACCUAGACACAUCAGCUGCAAACCGAGAGGACCAGAGGGCUUUUCACAGAAUGAUGGCUGGCUUGCGGGUGGAGCUGGUGCCCAAGCUGGACCACACCUUGCAGUCUCCCUGGGAGAUUGCAGCCCAGUGGGUGGUUCCCCGGGAAGUGUACCCAGAAGAGACACCAGAGCUGGGGGCAAUCAUGCAUGCCAUGGCCACCAAGAAAAUCAUUAAAGCUGAUGUGGGUUAUAAAGGGACACAACUGAAAGCCUUACUCAUACUUGAAGGAGGACAGAAAGUUGUCUUCAAACCUAAGCGGUAUAACCGAGACUAUGUGGUAGAAGGGGAGCCCUAUGCUGGUUAUGAUAGACACAAUGCAGAGGUAGCAGCCUUUCACUUGGACAGGAUUCUGGGUUUCCGCCGAGCCCCCUUGGUGGUUGGCAGAUAUGUUAAUCUACGGACAGAGAUCAAGCCCGUUGCCACGGAGCAGCUCUUGAGCACCUUCCUAACCGUAGGAAAUAACACUUGUUUCUAUGGGAAGUGUUAUUACUGCCGAGAAACAGAGCCGGCUUGUGCUGAUGGAGACACGAUGGAGGGAUCUGUCACACUUUGGCUUCCAGAUGUGUGGCCUCUGCAGAAACACCGACACCCAUGGGGCAGGACUUACCGCGAGGGCAAACUGGCCAGGUGGGAGUACGACGAGAGCUACUGUGAUGCUGUGAAGAAAACAUCCCCCUAUGACUCAGGUCCCCGCCUCUUGGACAUCAUUGACACCGCCAUCUUUGAUUACCUGAUCGGCAAUGCUGACCGCCAUCACUACGAGAGUUUUCAAGAUGAUGAAGGCGCCAGUAUGCUCAUCCUUCUUGAUAAUGCCAAAAGCUUUGGGAACCCGUCGCUGGAUGAGAGAAGCAUUCUUGCCCCCCUCUAUCAGUGUUGCAUCAUUCGGGUGUCCACCUGGAAUAGACUGAACUACCUGAAGGAUGGUGUGCUCAAGUCUGCCUUAAAGUCUGCCACGGCCCACGACCCCAUCGCCCCCGUGCUGUCUGAGCCUCACCUGGACGCCGCCGACCAGCGGCUCCUGAGUGUCCUGGCCACUGUGAAGCAGUGCACUGACCAGUUCGGGGCAGACGCCGUGCUGGUGGAAGAUAGGAUGCCUCUUUCCCACUUGUAAUCGCACCACAGGAUAAGCGAGACUCCUUUUUACAAAGCGAGAGAAACAGCACAAUCACUUCCGAACGGUCUGGGGUGGAUCGGAAACGGCCGGCAGCAAGCUCUGGUGACGGGGGCGGGGGGUAGGGGGGCCUUGGAUGCCUUUGGCGAUUUCUGUAGGAGAAGCGAAAGCAAAGACUACAGGUGUCCGAGCACAGGAGCGUUGCUGCUGAACCACCCGGCGUCCCCGGCCUCGGCCCCUCCAGCGGCAGGCCUCCUGGCUGGUCCGGCCUCCCUCGCGCGCUGCGGGACAGACAGAGGUGUGACGUUUGGCUAGGCUAAUGCUGGGAUUGGUUCCGGAGUGUGUAGUUUGAGUUCAUCCUUAGAAUCCUUUCUCCGCUCGUGUGGAGUUUCUGAAAACACUUGGCCAGCUCUGGAGUCCUUUUUUCACUGGGACUAGUCCAACUGGGAAUUUGACGGCCUCCUGAGGAGGGGCAGCCGGGAAAACCUGGCCUUCUCUUGAGCCAGAAUAGCAUGCUCUUUGGGAAGGGAUACGUGUUUGGGAUAGAAUUAGUGGGAACGACAAAAGCAGGCAAGAUGCUUGGGCUUUUAAGCAAUUGGCUGGUAGUGCUUUUCCUGAUCUCUUAGAGGAGGGAGGAAGAGACGGCACCGGAAGCGGGGGGGGGCCUCCCAGUAUUUGAGUUCUGCGGGUGUGGAAAAGCAAACAUGACUGGAACCUCAGUAAGAUCUGCAUGCUCACAGCUGUGUCCCAGUUAGCCCCCAAACUGUCCAAGCAGGAUUCUCUCAUGGAGACUUUUCUUUCUCCCUUUUGCCCCAAGCAGGCAAAUCCUUUCUGAAUUAACAAAGCAAACUGAGCUAACCCCUUGAAUGAGAGUUAAGUUGCCUGCGAUCUCUGCCACCGUGAUUUCUCAUCUGAGAUGAGUUUCCACCUCAGCCUUUAAGGCAUUCACUCACUGAAGCUGCUCUUCCCAAGAGAUUGGCAGUCCCGUCUGUAUCUUUCUCGUGGGAAAAGUCAGCUCCCUGGCUCGGCUGACCGCGCACGUUCUGCUGGUGGCUGGGCCUGUCUUGUGAUGUGGGCCGUGCCGAUGACGGGGAACGAAGAGUUGAAGCUCUCAGAGCCUCAAAAUGAAGGAGGUUACCAGGAAGAGCCUUAAGAUUUUGAUUUAUGUCAAGCCCUCAUUUCCUUGUUUAAUUUCAUCGGGCAUUUGGAGGUGGUGGUGGAGCGCCGGUGUCCCUGGCCCGGGCGACAGAAGCCCAGGCUCAGCUCCGUCUGUGUUCCAGCAGAGCCUCUCGGACCUGUGAGCCGUCGCAGCCUGCCUGGAGGCCGGGCCAGCCUUGCACUCCUGUCAAGCAGGGGCUGCUAUUUAAACAGUGUGGGGGAGCAAAUGUAAUGCCAGCCAGUGGAGACCAGUGUGGGGCAGCUUCCCUUUCAAAAACAGCCUAGAAUCUAUGUUCUCACUUUCUCGCAUUGAAAGACAGCUGAGUAACCUAUAACUGUUAACAGCGUGAGGUCAGGAUGCUUUUGUACUUUGUAUGUACAUUUUGAGACAUCCACAAGAAUGGGUUGAGUUAUAAAAAGAAGGUAUUGAACUUAACUAAGAAACCAGGUAUUAGCACUAAACACUGAAACGGUGUUAACAAAAGGAGGCCUUAGAUUCCAAUUUUAAGGUCAUUUCCUGUGUGCGUCAAGUAAAAUUCCCAGUUGAGCUGGAGAAUACCGUGGAUGGUGCUCACGCAGAGCGUCGGGGAGCUGGCUGGAGGGAGGCAGCGGGCAGGAGGCAGCGCGCUCGCCUGGGUGAAUGUUGGUUCAACUAAAUGAUGGACCAGUGUUCUUGCAGACACAGGGUGCCUGUAGUCUGCCACAGUGGAAUGAGUAAGAAUUGUUCCCCAACUGGGAGCUUCAUUCAUAAUGUUGAAGGCAGAAGAUAUUGCUAAGGAAACGGGAGGGAAUGUCGCAUCGUUUUUUCAAAACACUGCAGAAAAUGUAUAAUUUCAUUCUCUUUCCUACUGUUUUAAAAUUCAUGAUCUUAAGAGGUGUUCAGAUCUAUUGAGGUUGAAGUCUUAAGCUGAUAGGGUGGUGUCACAGGACUCUUGGAACAUAGAUUUAUGUUCUCAUCAGGAUUGGAUUAAGCUAAGUUUAGGCAAAUCUUAGAGAAAACCGACCAAAAGCUUAUAGCCAUGAAAUGCACAAAAACCAAAUUCUGUUUGAAAAACAGAGGCUGAUAUCUUUUUUUUUGUAAGUUUUGUCACCGGGUCCUCUUUGUGGUUUCUUUAGCACUAAUAUACUCAGACAAGUCACUAGAAGGGUUCUUGGGCAGCCCUAGGUUGGGUGUGCCUAGCCAACAUCUAAAGGUAGAGGUGGAUACAUUUUAUAUAAUCCCGUUAGGAAAAUGAGAACUGACUGCCAUUUCCUCAUCUCCUCCCACUCCAUAAAUACGUUUAUUCCAGAGUUAGAGUGGGGAAAUAUGGGUAUAGAAGUUUUAUUCUAAAUUGUUCUUUUAAUAUGAGGCUAUAUUGUGGGUUUGGGUGUAAAUAAUUUUCUGUGCAAAACAAAUUAAUAGGAUCUGUGAUUUGCUCAGAGUGUUGUUCGAUAAUAUAUUAAUAAGGCAUUUCUCCCUGUUGCACUCAGGACUAAUAGAUCAAAUGAAAUUUAAGGAGGAAAUGGAAGAAUUCAGGUACAUCCAUUGCAUAUUAUUUGAGGAAAGAUGAAUCCUGUACGUGGCAAUUUUUCAGUGUCACCUGAACAAGUUCUUCCAAGGAAAUUCGUCUUUUCUUUUCCAUAAAAAAGAAAAGAAAAAAGGCUUUUGGCUUUUCCUUCGCAUCCACCAUAUUCCUUCAGUGUCCAUUCUCAGUGGCCCCUGUAUCAUCUCAUUUGACUGUAAGUGACCACACCUCAGUGGCGAUAAAACCGCGUCUGUCAGUGAGCUGUCCUAUAGGCGUGAUCUUGUGAGCUUGAGCUUCAGGAAACAUGAGUAAAGGCAUAUGUAUGUAUAUAGUCAUAUCUGUAUUGUAGCAAGAAAAAAAUGUAUUUAUUUUGACACAGGGAAACACUGACUUAUGUUGCUGAAGAACUUGAAGCUAGUGAAAGGGUCACUCCUCAGUCUCUGCGAGUGGCCCCGACGUGACAUAAAAGACCAUUCAGCCGGCACCUGCUGGGCAGCUGUGGUGAGCCGGCCGCAGCUAGGCACACGCGGGAGCCAGACACACCUGACUUCGUGCAGCCUGUUGUCCAGGGGAAGGCCAGUUUCUCUCCCUUCGAUGCCUCCAGUCUGGGUUGGAAAGGCAGGGGCUGGGGAGCCACUGCCACAGGUUUUUAAAGGAACUAAGGUGUUACUCACAAAUACAAACAUAAGGGGGGGAGCUGGGAAUAACUUACUGGGAAGCUAAUUUAUUUGCUUAAAAGGGAUGUGUAGGAACCACUACCCUCUGUUUUGAUCUGCCAAGGAUUUCCUCUCAGCGCUGCCGCACGGUAGGGGAUUGGGCUUGGUAAGACACCAUACAGGACAGAUACGCACCGAAAUUUCUAAUGCGUUCUAUGGGUUUCAAUUCUGAAAAAGAAAAAAAAAAAGAAUAAAGAUUUUAAUAAGUA